AUGAAAAAAACAUUAAAAAAUGAAGAACCUUUAAAAGAGAAAUUAUCCUAAACAUUGUUUAAAGGCAACUUCGAUAAUAAUCAACCAAUUCUAAUGAAAGGAUUAGGUUAAGAAUUUACAACAAACAUUCUUGAAAACAUUUAAAGAACUCAAACUUUUUCUAAACCAUUCCAACAACAACCUUAAGACGAUAACUAAAAUUAAUCUAAGACUCAAAUUAUGAAGAAUGACUUAAUAAUGAAUUCAUCAAUACAUAUCAAGAAACCACCUAAAGUUGUAUAGAAAAUUUCAAGGUUUGUUGGAGAAGCUAAAUGGCCAUUUUUUAGAGUAAAGAAAGAUGAAGCCAUUAAAUAAUUUUGGAAUAGGCGCUCUUAAUAAGAUCAUAUGAGAAACUGGAAUAGUGAAGAAUAUUUGUUUGAAGGGAUAAUGCUUAGGAUUGGUAGAAAGAAAAAAAGUGUAAAGGGAUAUUAUUUUAAAUUGACUUAAUCUGGCUUGUUAAUGUAUUUCAAAAAAGUAUUUCUAAGAUUUUAUUAUAAUAGGAAUCAGAUAAAGAACCUAAAGGAUAUGUAUAAUUGAGUAUGGAAAGUAGAGUGAUAAUUUCAUAUUAAAAGACAAAGAAGGGAUUAAAUGUUCCUGUUUUAUAUUUAGAAAGAGUUGAAGGAAUAGGUAUAACAAUAUUUGAUCAUUAAAUUGAAUCAACAUUAAAAUUAUGUGAAUCAAUUUAAGAAUUUUGUUUAAUGAGAGGAUAUGAUUGUGUAUACACUUAAACAGAUACUCUUGGAAGUGGAGCUUUUGCUACUGUAUACAAAGUUUAAAGAAAGAGAGAUGAAUAAGUAUUUGCUGCUAAAGUCAUUUAUAGAAAUAUGUUUGAGGAAAAUAAACAUAAAGAUAAAUUUAUAGUAUAAAAUAAUUAAACAUAAUAGUGCAGUAAAUGGUAUAUAAUGAAGUUAUCGCUUUAAAAACAUUAUGUCAUCCAGGAAUUGAAUAGAUAUAUGAAGUUUAUUAAGAAAAAGAUAAACUAGUCAUUAUUAUUGAAUAUUGUUAAGGAGGCACUCUUUAUCAAUUUUAUAAAUCUAAAGGAAAAUUAACAGAAAAAUAAAUAGCUUAAUUAAUUAAAGGAAUCUUGGAUGCUCUAUUUGAAAUGCAUUCAAAUGGAUUUGUACAUAGAGAUUUAAAAUUAGAAAAUAUUAUGAUGGAAUCUAAUGAAAAUUUACAAAUUAAAUUAGUUGAUUUUGGUUUUGCAGAAGAAAUUAAUGAAAAAGAAUUAUUAAGUAAAGCUGGUACACCUGGUUUUUUAGCACCAGAAAUAUUUAGAGGACAUCCUUAUACUUAGAAAGGAGAUGUAUUUAGUGCUGGUUGUGUUUUAUAUAUAGUAAUUAUCUCAAUUAUUAUUAUAGUUGACAGCUGGAUAUGCUCCUUUCAGAGGAAAACCAAGUUAAAUCUAAUUAUUAAAUUCUAAAUGCUAAGUAAAUUAUGAAAAAUCUCCUUGGCCAGAUGUUAGUGUUGAAUUAAAGAGUCUUGUUAAAAAAAUGUUAGAACCAAAACAUGAAGAUAGAUUCACAACUUAAGAAGCAUUAGAAUCUUCAUUUAUUUCUCAUUAUACUAAAAUAACAUCUGAAACUAAUUAUAAAUCAUACUAGAUAGUUUCUGGGUUAGAUUUUCACAAUAAAUAAUCUAUUAAAAGUAUCAAAAACUCUGAAUCCAAUGGAUCUAAAUAAAGUAAGGAAUUCCAAUUAGAUUUCUCCAUACAUACUAAUGAUAUUAAGUCUCUUUAUUAAAAAAAUUCAAUUAAAACACUUUAAUCCUAAAGAUCAGGAAGAGGAACUAUAAAAUAAAGUAUGAUCUUAAAAUAAUCCAUAUCUGUUCCAAAAGAUGCCAUAAUUGAGUAAUAUUAAUAAAAGAGGAAAUAAAGUAAUCCAGAUAGAUCUAGCUAUAAAGAUUCUGAUAAUGAUAUUGAUUCUUUUAGAGAAUUGCUUAAAUGUAAAAACUAUUAGAUUCUAAUGUAGUACAAUCUAUGAAAUUCACCACAUUUGAUGACUUUGAUGCUCUAAAUUUCUCUUAACUUAAUUUCUUAACAGAAUCAAGCUAGAUAUUCAAUAAAAUUAAAAGACCAUGGUGA